AUGUCAGGACACCACCGCAUCACCCUCGCUGCCAACCCCCCCUACUUCAAUGGGGACAAGUCCAAAUAUAUGGGCUUUGUGGACUCAUGCACCACCUACAUCGGUGCUUAUUGGUCAGAAUUCUCGCAGGAUGAGACAAAAAUCCUCUUCAUCCUCUCGUACCUCCGCAAUGAGGCUGGCACAAGCUGCGCCGCCUCGAGAUGGGCAAUGAACUGGAAGCAGCGCAACUUCGAAAGCCUCAAUGGACUGAAGGCUGGGGUCACCUCGACGACCUUCUUGGAGGAGCUUCAGAGGGCCUUUGGGGACUCCAACGUGGAGCAAGUUGCCGCCGCUCGACUCAUGGCCCUGCGCCAGAACAAACAAUCCUUUGCAGAUUAUAUCUCCAACUUCGAGAUGCUGGCUGCGGAUGCAGGGUACAAUGUGGUCACCUCCACCAAUGACAAGGGCGAGUACAAGAAGGGGGAUCAGGACAACAUCCUCAUCAAGUUCCUCGAGCGCAGGCUGAGCAGCAAGAUUGCAAGUUGCCUCUACAACACUGGUGUCCCUCUGCCCAAGGCGUAUGGUGCCUUCAAGGACUGGUGUGUCAACAUCAAGGCAAACACUUUGCACGACCAGUUGCGCAAGGCAUCAUAUGGGCACUUCACACCACAACCACCUCCCCAGUUCCGUCCCCAGGCGGCACCAGUGGCGCCCACACCUGCUCCGACCCGGCCGGCUGCCAAUGAACCGGUUCUGAUGGAAAUCGAUUGCACGCACACCCGCAGCCACAAUAUCAUCUACUACAACUGUCAGCAGCCGGGGCACAUUGCAUGGAACUGCCCGGAACCAAGGAAGAAGCGCACGUUCUUCAAUCGGGCCACGAUGCUUGAAGAGAUCGAGAACGGGGACAAGGACAACGAGUUCCUCAAGGAGGUUGCCAAGAAGCUGCGCGAGAUGUCAGCUGAUGUGAGAGAUGGCUGCGAGAUCACAUCAGUGUAA